AUGAAGAGAUGCGCCCUCUUCUCCGGUAGCAUCACUGGAAAGUGCUCUGCGACAGCGACUCGAAUUUCUUCAUUGCACGCAUCACAUAAGCCUCGAGAGCUUCGAACAAGAUGGGAGCUUCCACAGCUCAAUUCCAGUAUUCAGCAUAGGGGAUUUCUCGAGACACCAUUGAAGAAGAGUGAACCAUGGCUCUCGCAUACUUCGGCGAACUAUAAUUCAGCUACGCCCCUAGCAGCAUACCGUAACACUGCAGUGCCAGUUGGUCGCGGUCCAAGUAGUAGAAGGUGGAAUUCGGAAGCCUCGAGCACUCCUUCAGUUGAAAACGGGUCUGUUUCAAAUGAUUCUCCUGUUACUUUGGAAGCUUCAACAGUCAAACCCCCAUCUGAUCCCAAAAUUGAAGAGGAUCAGGACUUAGAACCAACUUUCAAGCGUCGUCCCCUUCCAGUCCCUCCUCUUAUGAAUCCUGCAUUUCUCAAAGCCAGAGAGAAACACAAACUUCGCAAACCACGACCCAGCAAAGAGCCUACCGAUUUCCAGCGACAGCUUGCAAAGAACCCCUACGCUCUAGCCCUAGCAACACCUAUCCGAAGGUGCCUACUCACCAACGUCAAGCUACCUGCUUAUUUCCUGCAAGACUUCAUGGUAAUGCUAGAUCCCCUGACGGAAAAGCCGUGGUAUGUGCCAGCUAGUCUAUCAGAUAAACACCAGCCCCGAAAGGACCCUCCGAGUGUAGACACGGAAGACGAAUCGGGGAUGGACAUCGGGAACGACUACCCGCAACAUCACAGGAUAGGAUUCAAGGUGUACACGCUCAACAGCAAAGUCACUAUAGAUGCUAUGCAAGAUAUGGCAGGUUAUAAGCGCAACACCAAGGAUCAAAGGGCAUAUAGCCAGCAGACUUUUGUCCCCCCGCGGAUGCGAGAAUUCAAAAGCGCCGUGCGAGCGUAUGCCACCUCGAAAUGGAGACCAGACAUGGGGGAUUUCGUUUUUGAGUUGAUGGGUCGGCGCAUGGUGUCAGCGCUUAAACAUCUCUGGGGAUUGAAGAGAGGCUAUCUGGUAGGGUGCACGGAUUGGGAUGAUGCGUUGAAAAAGCCGCAAAUUGCGGCUGUCCUCUGGCUGGGCAAGGCAGGAGACGAGGAGGCGGAAGGGCCGCCUGAGUUUGCGACGCUUGAUGUCGGGACCCAGACUUACGACGAAGAUGGCCCAGGUUUGGGAAAGAAGAAGCGCAAGGUACCGGUCUUCAACUUGAAGACUUUUCUUGAAACGGAGAAACUGGCUGAGCUGAGAGCACUCGCUCCAAAGAGCGAACUUCUCGUUUUGAAACACAAAAAUGCUACAGUGGAGAUGCAGUCCAGGCUGUGGAAGCUGCAAGGAUAUAUGGCGCGGCAUCAAUAG